UCCACCAACAAUGAAGCUGCAACUAACACUGGUGCUCAUCUGUGUGCUUUUCCCAAAAGCACUGACACUGAACUGUUACCAGUGUAUACCAAGUGCGUCUGGAACAUGCACAGACACCCAGACGACCUGUACAGAUCAGUGUGGCAGUGCAACCGCUGUUGUGACUAUUGGUGGUGUACAACAGCAGGUAAGUACAAAGACCUGCUUAGCUUCAGGACUGUGUGUCUCUGGAAGCCUAAAUAUUGGAUUUGGGACGAUGACCUUCAACUCACAGUGCUGCAGCACUAAUCUCUGCAACAGCCAGAACGUGGCAGCUUUGUCACAAGGGUCUGCGAAUGGAAAUAAGUGUUACACCUGUAUUAACAAUGACUGCACAGGAACUGUGAACUGUGCGGGGACUGAAGAUCGCUGCAUCAGUGCCACAGUUUACUACAGUAAUAGUCAAGUGACUGCGAAAGGCUGUGUGAGCAAAAGUCUCUGUACUACGGACACAUCAAACCUGCAGGCAGUUGGAGUCACUGGAAGUGUGACCUGCUGUGAGGGGAACCUGUGUAACAGUGCUGAGGGGGUUAAACUGAGUCUCCUCAUCAUGCUGGUUCCUCUGCUCUCCUCCAUCCUCUUCAUCUGAACUUUCUGCUGCUCAAACACCUUUUU